AUGCAGUGCGUUGUGGAGAAAACUAUAUUUUCCUGUACAUCAGAAGAUGAUGUAGAAGGACUUAAAAGUCUUUUGGAAAGUAAAAGAGAGGAAAAUAUACCAUCGAGAAAUAUUUUGUGGGAGAAAGAUGAGGUUGGCAGAAGCGCGCUCUUCACCGCGUGCAUGUUAGGACGAAGCAGCAUACUGCGCGAGCUUGUGAAGAACGGCGCUGACGUCAAUGAGCUCACCGCGCGCGGGUACUCACCUUUGCAUUGCUCGGCAAUGUGGGGUCAGUUGGACGCGUUGAAAACUCUGGUUGAGCUCAGUGCUGAUUUACAAGCUACCAAUUUUCAAGGAGAGAGUGCAGUUGAUGUGGCCCGGCGCUAUGGCAAACUGGACUGUGUAGAAUACCUUGCAUUGGCUGAGGCUAAACAAAAUUUGCAAUUAUUAAUAAUCAAAGUCAGAGAAACUAUAUCUGAUCCAGAAAAAGUUCAAGGAAAGCUAAACAAGGAGGACAAGAACAUAUGUGUAAACACCUGCUCAACAAAAUCAGACUGGAUUCAAAACGCUAAAAAUGCAACUAUACAAGAUUUCAUCGAACAGAAGAAUCACCUUGAAAGCGUAGUUGAACCUAUUCUACUCAAGCUUAACACAAAGUCUGAAACCCCAACGAAGACAAGAAGACAUUAGAGCUACUGUACAAUUACAAACAAACACUUCCACAAAAGUGCAUUCUGUUCUCUGCUUUGUCCUGAUGUACAUCAUAAACAUUUUAUAUGUUAUAUAAAUUAAGUCAUGACUUACAAUUACAAAUACUGAAAA